UGCGUCAAAGAGCUUCCAGAGUUUCUUAGCCUGCUCGAUUCUUUUCCAUAAAAGUGCAUCAGAAGUAUCUGCAGGAAGCUGAGCCCUAACUUCCAUAUUUAAAUUUUACUGACAGCAUUGGGUUCCGGAUUAACUUGUUUUCAGAUGCUAUCUCAUCUCGUCUCUGGAUAAGAACUUUCCCAAAUUGACAGUAAACAUAUAAUAGCUUCUUGGACCACACGAUCAGCAAAGUCCUCGGCAUUGCGAAGUUUUUCAUACAAAAGAGAAAAGGAAAGUGUCCAUCAUCUUUUCCUCUGAUGACUUGGAAUUGGCAGGUACUGUAUCAUUUGUUACUAUGGGGUCUGCCGGUCUGGUAUGUCAGCAGGUUUUUCGGGAGAGGAAUCCUUUCGCGGUUGCCUAGAAUCUUCUUCCAGCUUUGCAACUCUAACCUUAAGUUCAACAUUUUCAGCAUCACGCCUGACAUUUUCAACAUCAUGUCUAGUAUUUUUCGGCAACAGUAUCUAUUCUAGCUCCUUGGCUUCGUCAUACUUGGCCUUAAACUCAACAUUCUCAGCCAUAAGUCUGGCGU